AUGACUGAAAAACAGCAAACUCAGAGGAUCGAAUACGGCGCCGACGAGAAGGAGAUUGGAAUACAUACUCCCGACGAUGCCAAUGGAACAGACGCCCUCCGUACCGUGGACGCCGGCUACGAUGCCGAGCAGCUCGAGCCUCACUACGACCAGAAGGAAGUCCAGAGGAUUUUGAGGAAAAUCGACUACCGCCUCAUUCCACUGCUCGGUGUCUUGUACCUUCUGGCAUACAUCGACCGAAGCAACAUCGGCAAUGCCAAGAUCGCAGGCAUGUACGAAGACCUCGAGCUCUACGGGAUGCGCUACAAUACGGCGUUGACGGUCUUCUUCGUGCCAUAUGCACUGUUUGAAGUCCCUUCCAACAUCGUCCUCAAAAUGCUUCGUCCGUCCAUCUGGAUCUCCAUCCUCUGCUUCCUCUGGGGUCUUGUCAUGACCUUGAUGGGGGUCGUUACCACCUACGAGGGCCUUGUAACUGCUCGAUUCUUCCUGGGGCUGACGGAAGCUGGGUUCUUUCCUGCCGCGACGUACUUGCUCACCAUCUGGUACCACCGCUACGAGGUGCAACGCCGCAUGGCUGUCUUCUACGCCGCUGCCUCUCUCUCCGGCGCAUUCUCAGGGCUGCUGGCCUUUGCGAUUGAGAAGAUGGAUGGCAUCGCCGGCCUCGCGGGGUGGAAGUGGAUCUUCAUCCUCGAGGGACUGGCGCCUGUCGCUGUGUCCUUUACCUUGUACUUCCUGCUGCCCGACAAGCCCGAGACUGCCCGUUUCCUCACCAAAGAAGAGCGCGAGUUCGUCGUCAAUCGCAUCGCCCUGCAUACCGGAUCGGGCCAAGGUCGGGUAACCAACGUCGACAAGAUGAGCUGGGCGUAUAUCAAGGCCGGCUUUGCGGACUGGAGGGUUUGGUGUGCUGUCAUCCCCUUCUGGGCCUGCAGCAUCGGCACCUACGGCUUCACGGCGACGGUGCCGUCGGUCAUCAAGGAAAUGGGCUAUAGUUCCGCGAAUGCCCAACUUAUGACUAUCCCGAUUUACGUGGUCGGGAUGAUCGCGACCGUGAUUGUGGCGUUCUGGGCCGACCAUGUCCAUCAGCGGACUCCGUUCAUUAUGGGCGGUUUGGCGAUUGGAGUCAUUGGCUUCAUCGCCCAGCUGGCCAUCCCACACCCCAAGUAUUCGGGCGUGUCAUACUUCUUCCUCUUCUUCGUGGCUACGGGUCUCUACUGCCCGUUCACGUGUGUUGUGACCUUGACGGCGAACAAUCUCGCGCCAUCCUCGAAGCGCGCAGUCGGAAUGGCCCUACUCAUCAGCGUCGGCAACAUGGGCGGCAUCUGCGGCAGCAACAUCUACUUCGCGGCCCAGGCGCCCAAGUACCCGACGGGCUUUGGUGUGAGCCUGGCGAUGUGCGCCAUGGGCAUCAUCGCCGCGUUUGUGCUCCGCGUGGCGUACCGGCGUGAGAACGCGCGGAGGGACGAGCUGUUGGCGCGCGAGGGUGAAGCGGCCAUUAAGGCGAAGUACACCGAGCAGGAGUUGUUGGAUUUGGGCGACAAGAGUCCCUUUUAUCGGUAUACCCUGUGA